CUCAAACAUUUUUCCUUCUGAAAAAACACACACAUAAAUUCCUCUGUCUUUCUAAUUUCCUUUUUUUUUUUUUGUUUCUGUUCCAUUCCUUUUUGAUCGAACACUUUGCAGAGCCACAGUCUCUCAAUUAAGCAUGGUUGCAGCUACAGAAGUUAUGUCUGAUGAUAGAACCAUUCAAGGAGUGCCUCUUCACACAACAACACCACCACCAGACACCAAUUUAUUGUCCCCUUCCUUAAAUAGGUUGGAAGGGAAAAUUGCGAUUGUAACUGGUGGUGCCAAAGGAAUAGGUGAAGCAGCAGUGAGACUGUUUGUGAAACAUGGCGCAAAGGUUGUAAUUGCUGACGUGGACGACACACAUGGAUCCAAUCUUGCAAACUCACUUUCUCCAUCAGCGACCUUCGUCCACUGUGACGUCAGCAUAGAACCCGACAUGGACAAUUUGGUAACUUCCACAGUCUCCAAAUACGGCAAACUGGACAUAAUGUUCAACAACGCCGGUGUGCUUGGUGACCAAUCAAAUUCCAAGAAGAGCAUUGUCAAUUUUGACCCUGAUGAGUUUGACAUGAUAAUGAGGGUCAACGUUAAAGGUGUUGCAUUGGGAAUUAAACAUGCUUCAAGGGUCAUGAUUCCUAAUGGAAUUGGUUCAAUAAUCAACACUGCUAGUGUUGCGGGUGUUAUGGGUGGUCUUGGUCCACAUUCUUACACCGCUUCAAAGCAUGCGAUUCUUGGACUCACUAAGAACACUGCUUGUGAGUUAGGGAGGCAUGGCAUAAGGGUAAAUUCAAUUUCACCAUUUGGGGUUGCCACGUCAUUGCUUGUUAACGCGUGGCAUACUAGUGAGGAGGCGGAGGGUAAUAAUGUAAAUUUGCCUUCGCAUGAGGAAGUUGAGAAGAUUGAGGAAUUUGUUAGAGGGCUUGCAAAUUUGAGAGGGGUAACUCUGAGGUCGUCGGAUAUUGCUGAGGCUGCACUUUUUCUUGCUAGUGAAGAAUCUAAGUAUGUUAGUGGCCAUAAUCUUGUUGUGGAUGGUGGAAUCACUUCUACAAGAAAUUGCAUUGGCCUUUAGUCAAUUAUUUAAGUUUAUUUUGUGAUUUAUUUAAAUUUGUUUCUGGCC